CCCUGGACUUCUUCCGGGAAUCGAGAAUCAGCUGUCAAAAAAACAAAACAACUGUUUUGUGCGUGAUACCCACACUGGGCAUGUGUACAUUACGUAGUGCUACCCGUGAGCGUUAAUUUAAAUACCCGACAAGAUGCCUGCGGUGUCCACGGGGGUUAAGGAGUUGUACCUGUCAACAUCUCUAGGAGAGCUCAACAAGAAGGCUCAACUCAAACCCGACAAAUUCAGCACCAGAAGCUAUGUCCAGAGCGCUGGCAAGAUCUACCAGACAGCAGAAGAGUGUCGCCUUGAUGGAGAUGAGGAGAAAGCAUACGUGCUUUACAUGAAGUAUCUGACAGUUCAUGAUAUCAUCAAGAAAAGACCAGAUUUCAAGCAACAUCAGGAGUUUUUCCUGUCUAUGCUCGGACCCACCAGCUUUAAGAAAGCCAUAGAAGAAGCUGAGAAGCUGUCUGGAAGCCUUAAACUCCGGUACGAGGAAGUAGAGGUUCGCAAAAAGCUGGAGGAGGAUGAAAGGCAAGAAGAAAAGAAAAGGAGAGAGGAGAGGACAAAGAAAGAUGGAGGGCAGGCCUCUCCAAAAGACAUGAAGAAGGACAACAAGAAGGUGAAAGGAGAACAGAACAAGUUGAAAAAUGUUCCAUCAAAAGCUGCCGUGCCUGCAGGAGGGAUCACGCCUGAUAAGCUGUUCCACAUGAUGAAGGAUCAGACCAUGUCUCUUAUUGUCAUGGACGCCCGCAGCUGCAAGGACUUUGAGGAGUCUCGCAUUCAGGUCCCCACCCAGACCUGUAUCAACGUGCCGGAGGAAGCCAUCUGCCCGGGAAUCACUGUGAACCAGAUUGAAUCAAAGCUUCCAGAAGCUUCCAGAGAGCUGUGGAGACACAGAGGCUUUGUGGACUACAUUGUCCUACUGGACUGGUUCAACUCUGUCAGCGAUCUCAAGCUUGGCACCACACUGCAAAGCCUCAAAGAUGCCCUCUACAAGUGGGACAGCACCACCAUUCUGCGUAGUGAGCCCAUGGUCCUGGAGGGAGGCUAUGAGAACUGGCUGCUUUUCUACCCUAUGUACACAACCAAUUCCAAGGUCAAAGCCCCCAGACAAGUCACGGUCAACAACCUCCCCCAACUGAACUUCAGCUAUCCAUCUCUGGAAGAGCCCAAGCCUCCGACCCCCCCUCCCCCAGAGCCAGAGCCCCAGGUUCAGCCUCAGCCCCAGCCUCAGCCCCAGGUCCCCCUCCAGGUAAAUGGAGCCCCUUCAGUAGAGCAGUUCCACCCUGAACCCACAUCCACGAGGACAGAGAGCCUGCCGGACACCACAGAUUAUCCCGUCACAGUGUCCUCACACUCUGGGGUAGACCUCACCAAGAAGGGCCCAAACCAAGGGUCAGGCAGCACCGCAGGCCUGCCUGCUGCCGCUGUCAAACCCAUUCCACAGAUUGAUCGCACUAAGAAGCCCUCCGUGCGGGUGUCUGACAUCUCUAAACCCGGCCAGGACGGUGUGCCGUCUCAAAACGGCCCCUCAGUCCCUGACCGCUCGGUCAAACCACACUUCGACUCCGGCGUCGCUCCGUCCGACGACCAGGACCGCUGUCCGGAGGAGGAGAGGAGGGACGGGGAUCACCAGGAGAAACUGAGCGAGGAGGAAGAAAGGCAGGAGAGAGCGGAGGGCGAGCGACAGAGAAAGGAAGACGAGGAGAGAAAGUACCAGGAGAGGAAGAAACUGGAGAGGCAGAAAGCAGAGGAGGAGGAGGAGGAGGAGUCGAAGGAGGGAAGGGACGGGGAGAAGAGAGGGAAGGAGCCAAACUCAGACACACCCACCAAGAGCGCAUCUCUGGACUCGCCCGCUCGUAACCGUGUCAUCACUGAGAUUAAGGGACCCCAGAAGCCUAGUAGUGAACUAAAGAGCGGGACCCAAAAAUCAAGGAUUUUUAAAGAUAGAACUGCUGAUGACUAUGACAAACCCAAGCGGGAGCCCCUGACCAGAGCCAGGAGUGAGGAGAUGGGUCGGAGUGUCCCAGGCCUGCCUGACGGCUGGAUGAAGUUCCUGGACAUCGUGACCGGUACGUACCGGUACUACCACUCUCCCACCAACAGGGUCCACCUGUACCCCCCUGAGGUGAGCAUCCCCCAGACCCCGCCCUCCACCCCGCCCAUGGCCAAACAGAAGCAGGCGCACCCUGCCGAACCGGACCCCAGCCAGGAAUGUGAGCACGAGCAGUCCAAACUGAAGCGCUCCUACUCCUCUCCUGACAUCAGCCAGGACCUGAGAGAGGAAAUCCAGAAAAAGGCCGUCGCCACUGUAGCCACACCCGCCAUCAACAGAGACACCAAGCCUGCCACUAACGUCUACGCCAAGGUGGAGAUCACCCGGCCGUCGGCCGCCAAGAUACGCAACUUGAACCCCGUGUUCGGCGGCAUGGGCGCCUUGCUGACGGGCCUGCGUAACCUAGGUAACACGUGCUACAUGAACUCCAUCCUGCAGUGUCUGUGCAACACCCCUGCCAUGGCUGAGUACUUCAACAACAACUACUACCAGCAGGACAUCAACAGGGCCAACAUUCUGGGCCAUAAGGGGGAGGUGGCGGAGGAGUUUGGGGUCAUCAUGAAGGCCCUGUGGUCAGGCCAGUACAAGUGCAUCAGCCCACGGGACUUUAAGAUCACCAUUGGGAAGAUCAACGAUCAGUUCUCUGGUUACGAGCAGCAGGACUCCCAGGAGCUGCUGUUGUUUCUCAUGGACGGCCUGCACGAGGACCUCAACAAGGCGGACAACCGGAAGCGAUACAAGGAGGAGGAUAACGACCACCUGGAUGACCAGCGCGCGGCAGACCUGGCAUGGAGCAAGCACAAGCUGCUCAACGAGUCCAUCAUCGUGGCGCUGUUCCAGGGACAGUUCAAGUCCACCGUGCAGUGUCUCACCUGCCACCGCAAGUCACGCACCUUCGAGACCUUCAUGUACCUGUCGCUGCCCCUUGCCUCCACCAACAAAUGCUCCCUACAGGACUGCCUGAAGCUGUUCUCCAAGGAGGAGAGGCUGACCGACAACAACAAGGUGUUCUGCAGACAUUGCAAAGCCCACCGAGACUCUACCAAGAAGCUGGAGAUCUGGAAGGUUCCUCCCAUUCUGCUGGUGCACUUAAAACGCUUCUCCUACGAGGGACGGUGGAAACAGAAGCUGCAGACCAGCGUGGACUUCCCUCAGGAGAGUCUGGACCUGGCCCAAUACGUCAUUGGACCCAAGCAGAACCUCAAGAGAUACAACCUGUUUGGAGUGUCUAACCACUAUGGGGGUCUUGACGGAGGUCACUACACCGCCUACUGUAAGAACGCCCAGAAACAACGCUGGUACAAGUUUGAUGACCAUGAGGUGUCUGACAUCUCCACCUCUUCUGUGAAGUCCUCCGCUGCCUACAUCUUGUUCUUCUCUACUCUGUGAAGCACCAGGGGACAUGGGGACCCCAGAAGACUCGACUUACUAAGCCAGCGCUGCUCUGAGCUACAGGCUGCUUACUGCUUACAGCUCUGACAUAGGACACGUGAGAAGACUUGCAGAGCUGGACGAAAGUGUGUGUGUGUGUGUGCAAGAGUGUGUGUGCGUUGUGUUUGUGAGAGAGUGUGGUUGCGUGAGCUUGCGCGAAAAGAGUGUGUGGGAGUUAGACAUGUGCUGGGGUGUGUAUUCCAGCAUGCCUCUAAGAGAGAGAGGGAGAAGGAGAGAGGGACAGGGAGGGACGGAGAGAGGGACUGACAAACAGGCAGUUGGGGAGAGACAGAGAUGUAGACACAGUCUGAAACUAGAUGAUUCCAUAACUGUUAAAACGUGUCUAUUUAAAUUACUGACAGUAGAGAAAAGUACCUUUAACACACACAUACACACUGCUGCCAGACUAAUACUACAGAAUAGGAUGCAUAUCAAGACUAGAACCCAAACUUCACCACCAUAAAAGUUGUCGUAGAGCUGAAAUCCACGUUUAAAUACUGUCUCACGGUUCUGUCUCAAACUACGUCAAUUUUGACGGCAUCCUUGUUUAACAGACCUCGCUCUUGUGUGUGAAUAGACCAUAUUGAAUCGUUGGCAGAGAUUGAUGUCAGAUGUACUUAGCGACUGCUGACCUUGCACAUUAAACAUGUACAAACUGCAGAUGGGGAGGAUUCCUGUUUAUUUAUAAAGUGACCAAAUUAUUUCCUUUUUUCCUUUUCUUUUUUUGGUCAUGUCAUGACCAACCGUUGGAUUUGAGAAGUGUUAUUCGUAGUUAACCUUGCAAAAAUGUCAUCUGAUAAAAUAAAAGACAGACACUGACCUCUAGUGUUUGCACAGGCUACUUUAUGGCAUUCUGUUAAUGUGAUGUGGACUUACAGAUGGGCUCUCCUUAUUGGGCUGGUCAGAUAGUUCUAACGUAACAUUCUUUGGAAAUCUAAGUGAUGUGCUUCCUUGAUAUGCAACAUUUUAAAGUGGUUUCUUCACUAAUGUUCUAUGAAGAUUUCUUUGACAGCUUGAUGUUGACCUUGGAACUUAACACCUACCAGACUUAUACUCAGUCACUCCGAUUCUGAACAGAACUAUAAUUGAAACUGUUCUUUGUUAACCAUCUUAAACUCCAAAUCUAUUUGUAAGUUGCAGAUGAGUUUCAGACACAGUGUCAAACACAAUACUUAAUUAACACAUUAAUUGAGUAUACACCAUAAGAUAAAGGUAAUUUUGGCAAUUCGGAUACUGAGAGUCUUAUACUCUGGAAAUACGGUUUUGUAACUGGGAUGUGACAUGGCCACAUUUUUAAUCUUGGGGGGGGGGGGGGGGGGGGGGGGAACUAUUAGAGUGAAUCUGUUAGGGGUACAAGGCAGUGAGCUCGUUCAUUAACAUGAUUGUGUGCCGUUGUCAUGGUUGACCUUAUGAGCCAAAUGGUUUAACCUUCCUUAACCGGAGGAAGCAGAAGUUAUACUCAUGACACUAUGAGCCUCUUAUGUCUCUGAAUAAUAUUUCCUGGUCUAGCAUGGCAUUGGCAUUUUGGCAUACAGUAUAUACGGCGUUUAUUUUCUUUUAUGUUGAUUUAAUUUCUAUUUUAAUGCUCUCUUUCAUAUAUAGCACCUGUAUUAACCUCAAACUCAUAAACAUAAAUAUUAUGUACUAUUUAUUAAAAGGCUCAAAACAAAA